UGGGACGGGAGAGGAAGAUGGGCGAGGAGCGUGGUGUGCAGUACAAGAUUAUCAACCCUAAAGCUCUGACCUUGGGCCAACUCUACGGUGCCUACGACCCUUUCUCACAUGAGUGGUCAGACGGUGUCCUGGCCAAGACCUUCCGGGAGAUGGCGGUGUCGACGUCUGAGGAGCGACGCUGGCUUGUGCUCGACGGUCCGGUUGACGCUGUCUGGGUGGAGAACCUCAACACAGUACUCGACGAUAACAAGAAACUUUGUCUUAUGUCCGGAGAGAUUAUACAGAUGCCUAAUAAGAUGAGCCUCAUCUUCGAGACUUCCGACUUGGAGCAAGCAUCACCAGCCACCGUGUCUCGCUGCGGGAUGAUCUAUAUGGAGAGUCAGCAGCUGGGCUGGCGGCCCCUCAAGGACUCGUACAUGUGUAACCUGCCGGUGGCUGUCAAGGGUGACGUGAAGCAUAUGGUGAACGAUGUGGUGGAGUGGCUCCUGCCUCCAGUUUUUGACUUUGUUAUGAAGAAGUGCAAAUUUAUGAUCCAAACCUCAGAGCUCCAUCUCUUUCAGUCAUUCUCUCGGCUGCUGGACUCUCUGUUGGACGAGGUGCGGGAGGCUGGCAAGCCUCUAGGCCCCAAGAUCUCAGACGACAAGCUGACGUCUCUCCUGCAGUACUUCAUCACAUUCGCAAUACCUUGGACUAUCGGCUCCACUAUCACCGGUACAAGCCGUCGGCUGUUCGACCAAUUCUUCCGCAAAUUGUUGCAGGGAAAAGUGGACACUUCGCCUCGACCUGAGUGUUUCAGACUUACGAAGGGAAUGUUGCCUCCUGAGAGCGGCUUGGUGUAUGAUUUCCUGUUUGAGCGAGAGACCCAGCGCUGGGUUCUGUGGUGUGAUACCAUCGACAGAGACAGACUCGUCAUACCCCCAGAUGCUAAGGUGUCGAAGCUGCUAAUCCCAACGGCGGAGACAGCGAGGCAGGAGUUCUUCCUGAGGACGUGUCUGGACCACGACGUGCCCCUGCUGCUGCUGGGGCCCACAGGCACGGGUAAGAGUGCCCACACCAAUGCCACUCUCGUCAACCUCCCCAAGGAAAAGUUCAUCAUCAAUACUAUUAACUUCUCAGCCAGAACCUCUGCGGGUCAAGCCCAAGACAUAAUUAUGUCCAAGGUAGACAGGCGGAGAAAGGGUGUGUUCGGGCCAGCGAUGGGCAGGAAGUACGUGGUGUUCAUCGACGACGUGAACAUGCCACAGAAGGAGACGUACGGUGCCCAGCCGCCCAUAGAGUUCCUCAGGCAGUGGCUUGACCAUAAACACUUCUAUGACAAGAAAGACACUUCCAAAAUAGAACUUGUUGACUCGUUGUUCCUGGGAGCGAUGUCUCCUCCCAGCGGUGGCCGCAACGCCAUCUGUGGACGGUUCACGCGUCACCUCAACAUCAUCUGCAUAGACGCCUUUGACGAAUCCACUCUGGAUAAGAUCUUUGGAUCUAUUGUGACGUGGCAUUUCGCGAGCCUGGAGGAUUCGACUGUUCAGCGACUUAACAGGGCGGUGGUGGAAGCCACCAGGGAAGUGUACAAGAAGGCCACUUCCACCUUCAUGCCCACGCCCUCCAAGAGUCAUUACCUCUUCAAUCUGAGAGACUUCUCUCGGGUUAUCAGCGGCGUUCUCCUAGUUCCUAACGCUGCCCUCAGCUCCGUUGAGAAACUGAUCAGGCUCUGGCUCCACGAAGUCUAUAGAGUCUUUCAUGACAGACUCAGCAAUGACACUGACAGGAUCGAGUUCUUCAACAUGGUGAAAGAGGUGUGUCAGAGGACCUUCAGAGUACAGCUGAGCGUGGUGCUGCAGCACCUGGUUCCUGAAGGAGAGACUCUCAGCUCUCACCACCUCCACAACCUCAUCUUUGGCAACUAUAUGAUCGCUGAUGCUGAAACCAGAGUCUAUGAUGAGGUUCAAGACAUGAGUGACCUGAGACGGGUCAUGGAGACCUACCUUCACGAGUACAACAUGAUCAGCAGCUCGCCCAUAUCGCUGGUAAUGUUCCAGUACAUCAUUCAGCAUGUUUCGCGCAUCAGUCGAGUGCUCCAGCAGGACCCUGGUCAUGCUCUCCUCAUUGGCUUCGCUGGUUCAGGUCGUCAGAGUGCCACAAGGCUGGCCACUUUCAUGGCCAAUCAUGAACUCUUCCAGAUUGAAGUAACGAAGUCUUACGGUGUGACAGAGUGGAGGGAGGACAUCAAAAAAGUGCUAAUGAAGACAGGAGGUGACGGGAAAUCUAUCGUGUUUCUCCUUACCGAUACGCAGAUUAAAGACGAAAGCUUUUUAGAAGACAUAAAUACAUUGCUCAACACAGGCGAACUUCCUAAUCUAUACACUAACGAAGAAAAGGCAGAGAUAUUGGAAAAAAUACAAGUCGUAGCUAAGGACGAGGGUAAGAAGAUGGACGCUUCGCCGUUGACACUCUUUGGGUACUUCAAUGAGCGAGUACGAGCCAACUUGCACCUGGUGGUGGCCAUGUCUCCCAUAGGGGCCACCUUCAGGACCAGACUCAGGAUGUUCCCUUCCCUCAUCAACUGCUGCACCAUAGACUGGUUUACCGCGUGGCCUGACGACGCCUUGGAGAUGGUAGCAACGACGCUGUUGCAGGAGGCGCAGCUGGAGGCCUCCUUGCUGGCUCGCUGUGUAGUCGCCUGCAAAUACUUCCACCACAGCAUCAAAGAGCUCGCUGACAGAUUCUUCGAGCAGCUGCGACGGAGGUAUUAUGUUACUCCCACCGCCUACCUGGAGAUUGUCUUCACCUUCAAGAAGAUCCUCCUCAAGAAGCGGUCAGAGAUCCUCACACUCAGAGACAGAUACGUGACAGGUCUGGAGAAGCUGAAGGAGGCCAAAUUCCUGAUUACUGAGCUUCAGGAGGAACUGAAGCUGCUGCAGCCUCGCCUGGUGGAGACCUCAGCCAACACUGAGGCUCUAAUGAUCAAGAUCGAGCAAGACACUAUCCAAGUCGAAAGGAAAAAAGAGCUGGUGGCGGCAGACGAGGCAGUAGCCAACAAGAAGUUCGCUGACGCUCAGGCCAUCAAGGAUGACUGUGAAAAAGAACUUGCCAAGGCUGUGCCAGCACUCAACGCUGCCACCGAGGCUCUCAACACCCUCAAGCAGGACGACAUCCGUGUUGUCAAGGCCAUGAAGAACCCGCCCUCGGGGGUCAAACUGGUGAUGGAGGCUGUGUGUGUGAUGUUGGACCUCAAGCCAGAGAGGAAACCCGACUCCAGUGGUUCGGGAAAAAUGGUUGAGGACUUCUGGGCGCCGUCACAAAAGUUGCUGGGGGACAUGAAGUUCCUUCAGAACUUGUUGCACUAUGACAAGGAAAACAUCCCGACCAAGAUCAUCACCCACGUCCGCAACAAGUUCUACUCUCACCCUGACUUCGACCCCAAGAAGAUACGGAUGGUGUCAAUGGCGUGCGAGGGUCUGUGUCGGUGGGUACGAGCCAUGGUGGUGUAUGAUCAGGUCAUCAAGAUUGUCGCCCCAAAGAAACAGGCACUAGAAGCCGCAAAUCACGAGCUGGCGCUCCAGAACGAGAAGCUCGAGGAGAAGAGGAAAGAACUGAGAGAGGUUACAGACAAGCUUCAAGCCCUUAAUGACGAAUUCACAAAGAAGCAGAAGGAGAAGAAGGACCUUGAGGAUUCCAUCGUCAGGUGUGAACAGAAACGAGAUCGCUCAGAGAGGCUCAUUGGCGGCCUGGGUGGCGAGCGAGACAGGUGGGGCAACGCAGCUCAACAGCUGAGUGAGAGUCUGGAGAAUGUCGUAGGUGACGUACUUAUUGCUGCAGCUGUUGUCGCUUACCUAGGAGCAUUUACUGUCGACUACAGGGAGGAGUGUCUUAAAGACUGGCACCGUAAGUGCCAGGAAUUAGGGAUAUCAUGCAGUCCCAAAUUCGACUUGUACGACACUUUGGGUGACCCAGUGCAGAGUCGAACCUGGCAACUGGCAGGACUUCCAGUCGACGCGUUCUCUGUUGACAAUGCCAUCAUCGUGGCUCACGCCCGUCGAUGGCCACUGAUGAUCGACCCUCAAGGUCAAGCCAACAAGUGGGUGUUGAACAUGGAGAAGGAGAACGGGCUGCGAGUAGUGAGACAGACUGACCCUUCCUUCAUCAGAGUCCUGGAGGAGGCGCUACAGAAGGGACUCCCACUGCUCAUCGAAGGAGCUAGCGAGGAUUUCGACCCUAUUCUUGAUCCGGUAUUACUGCGUCAGACGUUUAAACAACAAGGUGUUGAUCACGUGCGUCUGGGGGAGACAGUGAUUGAGUAUCACAAGAAUUUCCGGCUGUAUAUCACCACCAGGCUCAGAAAUCCACACUUCUUACCGCAGAUCACAGUCAAGGUGGUGGUAGUGAAUUUCCUCAUCACGAAGAUGGGACUGGAGAACCAGCUGCUGGGACUGGUGGUAGCUCACGAGCGGCCACAGCUGGAGGAACGCAAGAACCGCCUGCUAGUGGAAUCUGCCCACAACCGCCGCGCACUACAGAAGACGCAGGAAAAAAUUCUCGAGGUCCUCUCCACUGCAGGUCAGAAUUUGCUGGAGGACGAGAAGGCCAUAGACAUCAUGUCAUCCAGCAGAGUACUCUCAGAGGAAAUUUCUGCUAAAGAGGAAGUAGUGCAGCAGACAGAACAAGAGAUCGACGCUGCUAGAGGAGCCUACACACCCGUUGCCGUUCACGCUUCCGUCCUCUUCUUCUGUGUAUCAGACAUGGCAGCCAUCGAACCCAUGUAUCAGUAUUCUCUGGGCUGGUUCAUCAAUCUCUACCUCCAGUCCAUCAGAUGCUCGGACACUAGUGAAGACGUCGACUCCAGAAUUCAACUGCUGAACAAGUACUUGACUCGAGCCAUCUUUCUCUCUGUUAGUCGCUCACUCUUCGAGAGGGAUAAAAUCCUCUUCUCAUUCAUGUUGUGCGUCAGACUCCUUCAGGCACAGGGUGGAGUUGAGGAGGACGUAUGGAGGUUCCUACUGAGUGCAGGAAGCGGCUUGUUGGACAACCCUCACGGCCCCCCUCCAGCACCCUGGCUCACCCAGAAGGCCUGGGCACUCCUGGUGCAGGCUGCCAGCUGUCACAGUUUAUCAGGUGUUCACGAGCACGUGGCCAGCAAGGUGGAAGUGUGGGAGGAGUUGUACAGGUCAGCGGCACCUCACAAGGAGACUUUCCCAUCGCCAUACCAUCAUCUGCGAGGCCUCCACCGCCUAGCUCUCCUGAAGUGCCUCCGACCUGACAAGAUCACCCUCGCUAUACAGGACCUCAUAGCACAAGAGCUGGGGGAGGAGUACCUCUCUCCACCACAGUUUGACAUUUCGUCACUGUAUGACGACUCAACCUGCAGCACGCCACUCAUCUUCAUCCUGUCUCCAGGCACUGAUCCAGUUGCUGCACUCUGCAGAUUCGCGGAGGAGAAAGGGAUCAACGAGGAGGAUUUGCAGGUCAUCUCCCUGGGGCAAGGUCAGGGAUCCCUGGCGGAGAGUAUGAUCCAACAAGGGGCGCAGGUGGGGUGGUGGGUGGUACUGCAGAACUGCCACCUGGCAGAAUCAUGGAUGACUCGUCUUGAGAUAAUCUGCAGCCAUGUCCUUCACGCAGACUCGACGCACUCCAACUUCCGUCUGUGGCUCACCAGCUACCCAUCCCCGGCCUUCCCCGUGUCGCUUCUGCAGGAUGGUAUUAAGAUGACCAACGAGCCUCCUCGUGGUCUUCGAGCCAAUUUACUCAAGUCCUACCACAGCGACCCUAUCAGCGACCCAACGUUCUUCAGCACCUGCAAGAACCAGCAACCGUUCCAGCGUCUCCUGUAUGGCCUCUGUUUCUUCCAUGCUCUCAUCCAGGAGCGCAGGAACUUUGGUCCACUUGGCUGGAAUGUUCCUUAUGAGUUUAAUGAAUCGGAUAUUAGAAUCAGCGUCAAGCAACUUCAGAUGCUGCUGACUGACUGUGAGGGGAUCGAGGUGCCCUUGGAAGCACUGGUCUACCUUACAGGAGAGUGUAACUACGGAGGCCGCGUCACUGACUCGAGAGAUCGCCGUCUCCUGCUCUGUCUCUUGGCCAACUUUUACAACCAGGAUAUUAUCACUGAUGAUGAGUACAAGGUAUGUGGUGUGGAGGAGUACCAGGUGCCCUCGGCCACUACAUGGCAGGAGUAUGUGGAUCACAUUGCAAACCUGCCACUAUCAGCUCCACCUAUAGUGUUUGGUCUGCACGAGAACGCAAACCUCGCCAAGGAUCACCGAGAGACCGACCAGCUGUUCCGGGAAAUACUGCAGUUGGAGCCUCAACUUGGUGGCAGCGUCACAGGUGACGCGGCUGUGGUGGUUGGUGACCUGACCUGCGAGAUACUUGCUCGUCUGCCACCGCAGUUUGACCUGGUGGAAGCUGAGCAGCGACAUCCUCUCUGCUAUACUCAGUCGCUCAACACUGUUCUAAGACUGGAACUGCAUCGUUACAAUAGACUAAUUUCCACUAUUAAGAUGUCGCUAAAAGCUGUGAAAAGAGCAGUGAGUGGUGAGAGCCUCAUGUCUGACGAGGUGGAGGAGACGUACCAAGCUCUGGUGCUGGGUAGGGUUCCACCAGUCUGGCAAACACGUUCGUAUCCGUCCAGGAAAGCCCUAGCUCCUUACAUCAGUGACCUCCUCCACAGGUUGAAGUUCUUCCAGCGGUGGGUGGAUGAAGAGAUUCCAGAUGUGUUUUGGUUCUCUGGCCUCUUCUUCCCUUACACAUUCCUCACCGGAAUACGCCAGAACUACGCCAGGAAACACACUAUACCUAUCGACAGGACCUAUUUCCAGUUCAAGGAACUUGCAACAGCUGUAACAAGUGAUGUGCGAGGGGUUACUGGAGCGGUGAAACUAGAGAAUGGUGAUGAGAGUGGGAGUGGUGAUGAGAGUGGGAGUGGUGAUGAGAGUAGGAGUGGUGAUGAGAGUGGGAAUAAUGAUGAGAGCGGGAGUGGUGAUGAGAGUGGGAGUGGUGAUGAGAGUGGGAGUGGUGAUGAGAGUGGGAGUCUGGUGUUUGGUUGUGUUGGCGAGGGAGUUGAAGGAGAAGUGUUAUUCGUCACUCCACCAAUUUAUUCUUCACCUUCAUCCCGCUCACGGUUGCUUGACUCCACAGGAGCGAAGGAUCAUAAAGCAUAA